CCCAGCCCCGGUAGCCCCAGCGAGCCCCCAGUCCCCAUCUCUGAGCCUCUGGAACCACCAUGCCAUCCUGGAGGCAGCGGGGCCCAGCCAUGUGGCUAUCAAUGCCAUCUCUGCCAACAUGGACUCCUUCGCCCGCGGACGCACAGCAAUCCUCAAGAAACAGCCCAUCCACAUGGAGGCUGCACACUUUGGGGAUCUGGGUAUGUACCUCCAGUCCUCCACUGAUUUGUCUUUGUUUUCAGGGCCCGUAUUAACAAGCGUUUCAGAGUAGGAGUGCUGAUCUAGGAUUAGGUCACCCCUCUUAUUCAUUAUGAUUGAAAAGGCAAAACUGGUGAUUUAGAGUGAUUUGAAUGGAUGAGCUCUUAUACUUUAAGUUCUCUCCUUUUGACUGGAUCGUGUGUGCCCAUCUUUGAGUGAGUUGAUACAAUGUGAUAAUGGUGGCUAGUGGACAUGGUGCUGGUGUGUUUAACUGCCAACGGGCAAGGCUAAUCCUGCGAAGCACUCGCUCCAGCUUCAUGCAUGGGUUAGCCUUUUGACCAACCAGCACGCUACCAGAAAGCUUUUUAGUAUGAUGCGUAAGUAUGGCCCAGAGUUUUUCCUGAGUGAACACAUGGCCUGGUAAAACUCCUGGUCCUACUUAUAAUUAGUGUGUGGUACUGAGAAGCAUGCUGUGCCCUAAGUAUGAUACAUAAGAACUCCCUAAAUCUUCUUCCCUCUGAAGAUGUAGGCUAUUUAAAUCAAGCAUUUCAUUAGUGGGUGGAUAUCAGGUGCUAGUUUUUAUAGUGCUACAGCAGCCAUCUACACCAGUAUUGUUUAUGAUAAUGGUGAGUGACAACACCUGCUGGGACAGAUCCUUUAGUUACCGGUGACGGUGAGUCAGAGGGAGGGGGUGGUAGAACCAGUGGUGCAUCAUUGAGCCCUGGCUUGGGAAUGCAGUAGAGUAGGGUGACUAUACUACAGUGCAUUCUGAAAGUAUUCAGACCCCUUGACCUUUUCCACAUUUCGUUACGUUACAGCCUUAUUCUAAAAUGGAUUAAAUUUAAAAAAAUGUCCUUCUCAAUCUACACACAAUACCCCAUAAUGACUAAGGGCAACAUAACAUUUUUGGGGUGUGCAAAUUUAUUAAAAAUAAAAUACAGAAAUACCUUAUUUACAGAAGUAUUCAGACCCUUUGCUAUGACACUCGAAAUUGAGCUCAGGAGCAUCCUGUUUCUAUUGAUCAUCCUUGAGAUGUUUCUACAACUUGUUUGGAGUCUAUCUGUUGUAAAUUCAAUUGAUUGGACAUGAUUUGUGCUAAAUGACUAAAAUGUAAAUUUGUAAAGGUGCACACCUGUCUAUAUAAGGUCCCACAGUUGACAGUGCAUGUCAGAGCAAAAAUCAAGCCAUGAGGUCGAAGGAAUUGUCCGUAGAGCUCCGAAACAGGAUUGUAUCUCGGCACAGCUAUGGGGAAGGGUACCAAAACAUGUCUGCAGCAUUGAAGGUCCCCAACAACACAGUAGCCACUAUCAUUCUUAAAUGGAAGUAGUUUGGAACCACCAAGACUCUUCCUAGAGCUGGCCGCCCAGCCAAACUGAGCAAUCGGGGGAGAAGGGCCUUGGUCAGGGAGGUGACCAAGAACCCGAUGGUCACUCUGAUAGAGCUCCAGAGUUCCUCUGUGGAAAUAGGAGAACCUUCCAGAAGGACAACCAUCUCUGCAGCACUCCAGAUGGAACCCACUCCUCAGUAAAAGGCACAAGACAGCCCGCUUGGAGUUUGCCAAAAGGCACCUAAAGGACUCUGACCAUGAGAAACAAGAUUCUCUGGUCUGAUGAAACCAAGAUUUAAUGCUAAGCGUCACGUCUGGCGGGAACCUGGCACCAUCCCUAUGGUGAAGCGUGGCGGCAGCAGCAUUCUGUGGGGAUGUUUUUCAGCGGCAGGGACUGGGAGACUAGUCAGGAUCAAGGGAAAGAUGAACGGAGCAAAGUACAGAGAGAUCGUUGAUGAAAACCUGCUCCAGAGAAGCUCAGGACCUCAGACUGGGUCAAAGGUUCACCUUCCAACAGGACUACAACCCUUUGCACACAGCCAAGACAACGCAGGAGUGGCUUCGGGACAAGUCUCUGAAUGUCCUUGAGUGGUCCAGCCAGAGCCCAGACUUGAACCCAAUCGAACAUCUCUGGAGAGACCUGAAAAUAGCUGUGCAGCGACGCUCCCCAUCCAACCUGACAGAGCGUGAGAGGAUUUGCAGAGAAGAAUGGGAGAAACUCCCCAAAUACAGGUGUGCCAAGCUUGUAGCGUCACACCCAAGAAGACUUGAGGCUGUAAUUGCUGCCAAAGGCUCACUGUUUAGUGCUCCUACUUUAGUCCAUUAUGUAAUGGAGGCCUCCAGCCAAGCUUCAGUCAUUCAUUCAUAUCGCCUCUCUGAUCAUGUGACCCAGGAACUGUGCCGUAGUUGAAUAGGUUUUUUAAAUAGAUUUUUUUAUAAGUAUUCUCUUUUGUUAUUAAUGAUUGUGUAUGGUGUUAGUGGUUUUAUUCAGAAUGCUGUGGUUGUUUAGGCCGGGUUACUUUUAAAGACUUUGUGAGAACUGCUGAUGUAAAAAGGGCUUUAUAAUGACAUUUGAUUGAUUGGUUGAUUGUGUCUUUCAGGGCGGUCCAGUGUUAUCAUACUGUAUGGUUGUGUAGUGGUUUUAUUCAGUGUUGUGUGUUUCAGGGCGCUCUAGUGUGAACUACCUGGCCUCUGAGACGCGUUCGCGCCUGUCUAAGACGGUGGAUCAGAUUCUGCGAGACAAUGUGGCCAUGCCAUACUACAUCCAGUUCCAGGAGGCCCGCGGGGCUGACCACCUGGUCCGCUUCUGGCUGGAGGCCGAGAGCUUUCGCUCCACCAGCUGGUCUCGGGUCCGGGCCCACAGCCUCAACUCCGUCAAACACAGCUCCCUGGCCGAGCCCGCCUCCACCCCAGUCUCCCCCGACCCCUCCUCCCCUUCAGACAUGGACCUACCCUCCAUCCCCAGGCCUACCUCCUCACACCCCCUUACCCCCAGCCCUCAGGACACUAACAGUAACAGUACUGAAGGCCCCACGGCGCAGCUCGUCCACAGGGACUCCUUCAGCUCUGUGGUGGACCAGAGGCCUGGCACCCCCAGCAGGGCAGACACCCCCACUAGACAGUCCUCUUACAUUACAGGGACCUCCUUCAAGCUGCAGUCCACCAACGCCCUCAAGGAGCUCUCAGACAAGCUCAUGAAGAGUAUGUUUGACUGGUCGUAAUUGUAAAUAAGAAUCUGUUCAUAAUUUACUUGUAUAGAUAAAGGUUAAGUAAGUAGCCUGGAGUCUCUUAGAGCUGACUGGUGGUGCAUGUUUCAGAGAGACGCUAUGGCUGUACUCACAAUCCUUUUGUGUGUUGGGCUUGUCUUUAUCAUAAUUUAUCUAUAGGCCUGCAUAACACACUGACUAGAAAAGGCUAGUAUAUUCGCUAUAUUUGUUCUUAUCUCCACCGUGUGAAACAACUGGCUGUCAGAAUAACAACGUUAAUAUGUUUUAAUUGCACAUUGGAGGUAACAAUAUUUGAGUUGUACACAGUUUAUGACACGUGUGACUGACUGUUAAACGUCUUCUCCUCCUCUGUUGUAGGUAUAGAGAGAGAUGCAGUGAACAUCUUCACCAAGUACAUCUCUCCAGACGCUACUAGGCCCGUCCCCAUAACAGAACAGCUCAGAAACGACAUAGUCGGUAAGAAAUGAGUCCUGAUUGCCACUUAUUUGCCAUUAGUAUGAGACUUUGACUGUAAGACACUGCAGUCACUGUAUGAGUACUGAAUCAGACUGUAUGAGUAUUGUAUCAGAACUUUGUGAGUACUGUAUGCAUUCCUAUGAAUGUUAGACCUAGUACGAAUGUUGCAACCAACGUUAAAGAUCAAAUCAGCCGUAAUCAUCUCAGUAUAUUUAACUAGGUUUCAGGAUAACUAUUUUGUGGAUGAUUAAUAAUCGGUUGUGUGAUUUGUGACCGUUUUUGUCCUUUUCUCCAUUUUGCCAGCUAAAAUCUGUGGGGAGGAUGGAAUGGUGGACCCAAACUGCUUCGUCAUUGCACAGUCUGUUGUCUUCUCCAUCAUGGAACAACAGUAUGUUUUUUUUGUUUUUCCAAUCUUCCUGUUCUAGUAUCCAUUGAAAGAUUGAUUAUUUAUCAUAUGAGUUAAUGUUAAAGUGCCAGUGUUUUUCUUUAAGGGUCUCAUGAUUUUUCUCCUAGGAUUAAAGUUUUACCUCUGUUCUGUUAUACACUAAUCCACUCCUAUAUCAUAAAUGUAAAUGUGACCAUAUAUAAUCUAUAUUUCCCAGGCACUUUAGUGAAUUCUUGCGCAGCCAUCAUUUCUGUAAAUACCAGAUCGAAGUGUUGACCAGUGGCUCUGUGUUCCUGGCAGACAUCUUGUUCUGUGAGUCGGCCCUCUUCUACUUCUCUGAGGUAAGAGCAACAGCUGGACCCCACAAUUUAUGUUACUGUUGUUCACUAUUAAAUAUACACAACCACAGUUUAUCAACUUCAUUCAUAGGUGUUUUACUCAUUAGUGGUACUGGUGUUAUUUGUUUCUAUUCUGUUCUUCUCUAUUAUAUUCUACAUUAGUGUCAUAUGGUAGGUGUUAAUAGAAGUGUCAUUGGUGAUAAAGCUAAUAUGGUGUCUGUCUGUGUGUCUCCCCAGUACAUGGAGAAGGAGGACGCUGUGAAUGUCCUGCAGUUCUGGCUGGCAGCAGAUAACUUCCAGGACCAGCUGGCUGCUAAGGCUGGCCAGUACGACGGCCUGGAGGCCCAGAACGACGCCAUGAUCCUUUACGACAAGUAACGGCUCACACACAUCGCACCGAAUAGGGAUCUAGCGUUCGUCUGCCGAUCGUUCAGCGCGCUGUGUUUUAGGGACCACCCGCUAUAGACGUCUGACUUACGACAUUUUCACGCUAUUCUACAUGUAAAAUCGAUGCACUCUCGGUUAGCAAAUUUCGGCCGGCACUCUGUUCAGAGGUAUUAAGUACUCUAGGCCCGCAAACGCUAUUAUUAAUAAUAAUAAAUAAUGUGCCAUUUAGCAGACGCUUUUAUCCAAAGCGACUUACAGUCAUGCGUGCAUACAUUUCUUGUGUAUGGGUGGUCCCGGGGAUCGAACCCACUACCCUGGCGUUACAAGCGCCAUGCUCUACCAACUGAGCUACAGAGGACCGCUAUUGGUGUGCCUAAGACAUCUGUCUCUUUAAACUAUAUUUGUCUUAACAAUAUCUUUGCCUCAACACUAACUUUGCCUCAACGCUAUCUUUGCCUCAACACUAUCUUUGCCUCAACACUAUCUUUGCCUCAACACUAUCUUUGCCUCAACACUAUCUUUGCCUCAACACUAUCUUUGCCUCAACACUAUCUUUGCCUCAACACUAUCUUUGCCUCAACACUAUCUUUGAAAAGGAACAGUUUGGAGUUUAUAGGGUAAUUAUUAGACCAAAGGUGAGAACACAACAGCAGUUCACCUGACACAAGACUGAAUCCAAACAGCAUUGUUUUAUGUAGAUUUAUGGUUUGAUAUGGAAAUGUCAAGUGCACAUUUGCUUAAAGUUUUGCUUUGUAUGACAUCAAAGUGUAUUAUUAUGAUCCUCAACUUAAUCUUUUCAAAUACUAGUCCUCUUAAUUACACGUUGAGCACUAGACAACAAACAAUUUUAUCCCUCAAAAUUCCCAAUUGACGAUGUUGUUUAGUUGGCAACUUCUUUAAAUGGCUGUAGUCAAAACAUACAGGCUGUUGAAGCACGACAAGUAAUUUAAAUUAUACAAACUUUGACACCAGGUCAAUGUAGGCGUUACAUUUGCCAAUCUGCAAAUUGAUAACUAUGAUGGGUCGAGUGUAAGGCUUUACUCACAUUACAACAUCUUUUAGUCAUACCCAGACGCUCUUACCAGAGCACUUACAGUUAGUGAGUAGCAUACAUUUUCAUACGGCCCCGUGGAACGAACAACCUGGCGUGCAAGCGCCAUGCUUACCAAUGUCUACAUUCAGAAUGGCUGUCAGUCAAAACCCAUACAGUGCUGUGAAGCACAGAGCCAAAGUUCUGACAUCAUGUAUAGCAAAACUUUGACAGCCACUGCGUUCCAAUGUAGGUGUUUAUCAGUGCCCAAAUCUGCAAUUUUCAACCCGUAUAUGGGUACGAGUGUAAAGGGCUACCACCUCCACAUUACAUUUACAUUUUAGUCAUUUAGCAGACGCUCUUAUCCAGAGCGACUUACAGUUAGUGAGUGCAUACAUUUUUCAUACUGGCCCCCGUGGGAAACGAACCCACAACCCUGGCGUUGCAAGCGCCAUGCUCUACCAACUGAGCUACAGGGGACAUUACUCAGCCUGGCUUGUUUAUUUGGGCACCAGUUUAAUAAUGAUCUCAUCUGUUUCCUCCCCAGGUAUUUCUCACUCCAAGCCACCAACCCGCUGGGUUUCGAUGACUCUGUACGGAUGGAGAUAGAGUCUAAUAUCUGCCGGGAGGGAGGGCCUUUACCUUACUGCUUCACCACUCCUCUCAGACAGGCGUGGACCACCAUGGAAAAGGUGAGAGGUCGUAGGUCACCCAGUUACCUGGGUCAGAUACAUUAUGUGAAUAUAUAGGAAACACACAGGGGUCACUCACCACUGUAAAAUCCACUGGAAUUCAGCUAGAAAAACUAAACAAAAAUUACAUUUAAGUCAUUACAUGUCGAAAUUAUUUACCUUUGGGAACACCUUUAGAUUGAAACCAUGAGGCUUAGAUGACCAGUUUGGGGUUAUUGAAGGUAGGGGUACCAGAGCCAUAGAUAUGUUUCAGUGGUACGAUGUUGCCAAAGGCUAGGAUGAUGAUUAAACACUUCGUCAGGCUCUGGAAAAAACGGAAGACCUUUGUGACAGAAAGGCAUGACCCACUUGCAUUUUAAAGUUUAGCUUUGCUAAUAUGAAGUUCAUGUCAUUUUUCUUCCCGCAGGUCUACAUGCCAGGCUUCCUGUCGAGUAAUCUUUACUACAAAUAUCUGAGUGACCUUAUCAACUCUGUCCGAGCGGAUGAGUUUGUGCUCGCCAGCGCUUCUGGUCAAGGCGUGGCCUCGGACGGUGACCGCAGCACCAAUGCCACUGAGGGGUCUCAAGCCCAGGUAGAUAACCCCACACCUAACCUGCUCACAGCCUGUACUUUCUCUUUACCUCUACUGGCAUUUUUCUCUUCUCAUCAGAUAUUUAGAGAAGUUUGUCUAAGUACACUCAAAUCAAUUAUGUUCAACAGCAGUAGCACUCAUACCUUUGUUCAAUAGUCUGUGGGUAUUAAUUUGUUUACAAAACGUAAAUAUAUUCAUUAAUGGAUUGAUAUUCCCUCUAGUUCUGCUCUAAAUGUGCAAAUUAUUUUAUAUUUUUUCGUUUACAGCAAGGUGCCAAAAAGGAGGCAGCAAUAAAAAUCCUGAAAAACUUUGACGAGGCGAUAACAGUGGACAUAGCCAGCUUGGACCCAGAGUCCCUGUACCAGCGCCCCUACGCUGGGUGAGUCUCUGCAUAGCAGCCUCAGGCCUUCUUAGUUAUAUAUUCUCACCACUCCAAGUACAGUCACCUCAAAUGGCUCUGUAAACGACAUUACUAUUUCAAAUAUUUGAUUUGGUGUUUUCAUGUUUCUCUACUGGACAAAAUGAGUGAAAAUUGUUUUUAUAAUUGUGCAAAAUUUCCCCCAUAGCUACCCAUCAACUGUCCUGAAUUUACUACUGUAAUUUUCCCAAGAGAGUUCUUUGAUGCUAGCUAAGUAGGCCAGUAUGUAAUGACCAUUGAUGUGUGACUAAACCGCUCCAAAUACAUAUUUUCAAAGACUACCAUGCAGUCCUCAGUGUGACAUGGCAGAUUUGUAGGUCAUCCCCAUUACAUUACAAUCAGCUCUGAUAGAAGUCUAAUGGCCCAACACAGGCUCAUGUAGGAGAUGUGUGUGGCCUUAGGCAGCCCGGGUAGUGUCCUAGUUGCAGUAAGAGAUUAGCUUGGUCCCAGAUCUGUUUGUGCUGGGACCAAAUGACAUUGACUAUUAGGAGUUGGCUAUACAGCACAAACUGAUCUGGGACCAGGCUUGUAACAGGGUUUCUGUCUCCAUAAACAUCCUAUAUGUAUGACUUCAUUGGCUAUGUCCCCUCACUGUUCAGAAGAAUGACGUUUGGGAAAGUCAACGAGCUGGGCCAGUUUAUCAGGGAGGCCGAACCAGAACCGGAUGUGAAGAAAUCCAAAGGUAACAGACAAACACUAAUGUAACAAUUCUAUAUAGGCUAUACAGUGCCUUCAGCAAGUAUUCAUAACCCUUGACUUAUUCUACAUUCUGUUGUGUUACAGCCUGAAUUCAAAAUGUAUUAAAUCUUUUUUUCUCACCCAUCAACACACAAUAAAAUACUCCAUAAUGACCAAGUGAAAACAUGUUUUUAGAAAUGUUUGCAAAUGUAUUGAAAAUGAAAUACUGAAAUAUCUAAUUUACGUAAGUAUUCAUAUCCCUUUGCUAUGACACUCAACUUGAUUGGAGUCCACCUGUGGCCAAUUCAAUUCUUUGGACAUGAUUUAGAAAGAAACACACCUGUCUAUAUAAGGUUCCACAGUUGACAGUGAAUGUCAGAGCAGAAACUAUACCAUGAAGUCCAAGGAACUGUCCAUAGAUCUCCGAGAUAGAAUUGUGAUGAGGGAUAUAUCUGGGGAAGGGUAUAAAACAAUUUCUAGAGUGUUGAAAGUUUCCAAGAGCACAGUGGUCUCCAUGAUUGGGAAAUGGAAAAAUAUGGAACUACCCAGACUCUGCCUAGAGCUGGCCGUCCGACCAAAUUGAGCAACCGGGCAAGAAGACCUUGGUCAGGGAGGUGACCAAGAACCCAAAGACCACUCUGACAGAACUACAGAGUUCCUUGGCUGAGCUGGGAGAACCUGCCAGACGGACAACAGUCUCUACAGCACUUCACCAAUCUAGGCUUUAUGGGAGAGUGACCAGACAGAAGCCACUCCUGAGAAAAAGGCACAUGACAGCUCACCUGGAGUUUGCAAAAAGGCACGUGAAAGACUGAGAGCAUAAGGCAAAAUAUUAUGUGGUCUGAUGAGACAAAAAUGUAACUCUUUGGCCUGAAUGCAAAGUGCUAUGUCUGGAGAAAACCAGGCACAGCUCAUCACCCUACUGUGAAGUAUGGUGGAGGCAGCAUCAUGCUAUGGGGAUAUUUUUCAGUGGCAGGGACUGGGAGACUGGUAAGGAUAGAUGGAACAAUGAAUGGAGCCAAAUACAGGCAAAUCCUUGAUGAGAACCUGCUUCAGAUUGCAAACGACCUUAGACAGUGAAGAGGCGACUCCGGGAUGCUGACCUUCUAGGCAGAGUUGCAAAGAAAAAGCCAUAUCUCAGACUGGCCAAUAAAAAUAAAAUAAGAUGAGUCUGAGAUAUGGCUUUUUCUUUGCAACUCUGCCUAGAAGGUCAGCAUCCCAGAGUCGCCUCUUCACUGUUGACGUUGAGACUGGUGUUUUGCGGUUACUAUUUAAUGAAGCUGCCAGUUGAGGACCUGUGAGGCGUCUGUUUCUCAAACUAGACACUCUAAUGUAUUUGUCCUCUUGCUCACUUGUGCACCGGGGGCCUCCCACUCCUCUUUCUAUUCUGGUUAGAGCCAGUUUGCGCUGUUCUGUGAAGGGAGUAGUACACAGCAUUGUACGAGAUCUUCAGUUUCUUGGCAAUUUCUCGCAUGGAAUAGCCUUCAUUUCUCAGAACAAGAAUGGACUGAUGAGUUUCAGAAGAAAGUUAUUUGUUUCUGGCCAUUUUGAGCCUGUAAUCGAACCCACAAUUGCUGAUGCUCCAGAUACUCAACUAGUCUCAAGAAGGCCUUAUUUAAUCAGCACAACAGUUUUCAGCUAUGCUAACAUAAUUGCAAAAGGGUUUUCUAAUGAUCAAUUAGCCUUUUAAAAUGAUAAACUUGGAUUAGCAAACACAACGUGCCAUUGGAACACAGGACUGAUGGUUGCUGAUAAUGGUCCUCUGUACGCCUAUGUAGAUAGAUAUUCCAUUAAAAAUCAGCCGUUUCCAGCUACAAUAGCCAUUUACAACAUUAACAAUGUCUACACUGUAUUUCUGAUCAAUUUGAUGUUAUUUUAAUGGACAUUUCUAAGUGACCCCAAACCUUUGAACAGAAGUGUGUAUGUAUGUAUGUAUGUAUGUGUAUAUAUAUAUAUAUAUAUAUAUAUAUAUAUAUAUAUAUAUAUAUUAUUUCCUAAUAUUGAGUUGCCCCCCCCCCCCCCCCCCCCCCCCCCCCCUUUGCCCUCAGAACAGCCUUAAUUUGUCGGGGCAUGGACUCUACAAGGUGUCGAAAGCAUUCCCACAGUUGUGUCAAGUUGGCUAGAUGUCCUUUGGGUGGUGGACCAGUCUUGAUACACACGGAAACUGUUGAGCGUGAAAAACUAUUAGCGUUGCAGUUCUUGACACAAACCGGUGCGCCUGGCACCUACUACAAUACCCUGUUCAAAGGCACUUAAGUAUUUUGCCUUGCCCAUUCAGCCUCUGAAUGCUUAUUUAACCUGUCUCCUCCCCUUCAUCUACACUGAUUGAAGUGGAUUUAACAAGUGACAUCAAAAAGGGAUCAUAGCUUUCACCUGGUCAGUCUGUGUCAUGGAAAGAGCAGGUGUCCUUAAUGUUUUGUACACUCAGUGUAUAUACAGUGAGGGAAAAAAGUAUUUGAUCCCCUGCUGAUUUUGUAUGUUUGCCCACUGAUAAAGAAAUUAUCAGUCUAUAAUUUUAAUGGUAGGUUUAUUUGAACAAUGAGAGACAGAAUAACAACAACAAAAUCCAGAAAAACACAUGUCAAAAAUGUUAUAAAUUGAUUUGCAUUUUAAUGAGGGAAAUAAGUAUUUGACCCCCUCUCAGAGAGAUUUCUAGCUCCCAGGUGUCUUUUAUACAGUUAACGAGCUGAGAUUAGGAGCACACUCUUAAAGGGAGUGCUCCUAAUCUCAGUUUGUUACCUGUAUAAAAGACACCUGUCCACAGAAGCAAUCAAUCAAGCAGAUUCCAAACUCUCCACCAUGGUCAAGACCAAAGAGCUCUCCAAGGAUGUCAGGGACAAGAUUGUAGACCUACACAAGGCUGGAAUGGGCUACAAGACCAAUCGCCAAGCAGCUUGGUGAGAAGGUUACAACAGUUGGUGUGAUUAUUCGCAAAUGGAAGAAACACAAAAGAACGGUCAAUCUCCCUCGGCCUGGGGCUCCAUGCAAGAUCUCACCUCGUGGAGUUGCAAUGAUCAUGAGAACGGUGAGGAAUCAGCCCAGAACUACACGGGAGGAUCUUGUCAAUGAUCUCAAGGCAGCUGGGACCAUAGUCACCAAGAAAACAAUCGGUAACACACUACGCCGUGAAGGACUGAAAUCCUGCAGCGCCCGUAAGGUCCCCCUGCUCAAGAAAGCACAUAUACAGGCCGGUCUGAAGUUUGCCAAUGAACAUCUGAAUGAUUCAGAGAACUGGGUGAAAGUGUUGUGGUCAGAUGAGACCAAAAUCGAGCUCUUUGGCAUCAACUCAACUCGCCGUGUUUGGAGGAGGAGGAAUGCUGCCUAUGACCCCAAGAACACCAUCCUCACCGUCAAACAUGGAGGUGGAAACAUUAUGCUUUGGGGGUGCUUUUCUGCUAAGGGGACAGGACAACUUCACCGCAUCAAAGGGACGAUGGACGGGGCCAUGUACUGUCAAAUCUUGGGUGAGAACCUCCUUCCCUCAGCCAGGGCAUUGAAAAUGGGUCGUGGAUGGGUAUUCCAGCAUGCCAAUGACCCAAAACACACGGCCAAGGCAACAAAGGAGUGGCUCAAGAAGUAGCACAUUAAGGUCCUGGAGUGGCCUAGCCAGUCUCCAGACCUUAAUCCCAUAGAAAAUCUGUGGAGGGAGCUGAAGGUUCGAGUUGCCAAACGUCAGCCUCGAAACCUUAAUGACUUGGAGAAGAUCUGCAAAGAGGAAUGGGACAAAAUCCCUCCUGAGAUGUGUGCAAACCUGGUGGCCAACUACAAGAAACGUCUGACCUCUGUGAUUGCCAACAAGGGUUUUGCCACCAAGUACUAAGUCAUGUUUUGCAGAGGGGUCAAAUACUUAUUUCCCUCAUUAAAAUGCAAAUCAAUUUAUAACAUUUUUGACAUGCUUUUUUCUGGAUUUUUUUGUUGUUAUUCUGUCUCUCACUGUUCAAAAAAACCUACCAUUUAAAAUUAUAGACUGAUCAUGUCUUUGUCAGUGGGCAAACGUACAAAAUCAGCAGGGGAUCAAAUACUUUUUUCCCUCACUGUAUGUCUGUCCCUGUCCUGUCUGUCUCUCUCUCACUCUUAGCUCUUUCUCUCUACUGUUCAUUGUUGCUUGUAUGGGUUUAGUGCCAUGUCACUCAGGCAUGAAUGGUGAGGGUAUUGCCUUCUAUUCUUAUCCUAACCCCAACCAGAAAGUGGGUUGAAAAAUGUGAGGCACCCCAAAUACAACCCAAGGUGCUUCUAGAUCUUAUAAAAGACUACACAGUAUAACAUUAAUCUAUUAUUUAGGAUUUCUUAGAAGAGAACAUUCUCUGAUCCAUAUAAGUCCUGGACUAAACAUUUUUUUACUAGAUUUCAUGGCUCAAAUCACAAACCAGCUAUUCCAGGCCUUGGUUUCCACCAAAUGCAUACAUCGCAUUCUAAGAUAAUUCUGUUCUGUGAUAUAUUUUUCAUGUAUCUCAUAUGUCCAGUAGCUUACAGAGGAGCAAUAGAUAAGAGGCUCGUCCUCUGACUAUUGCCCUAUUUCUCUCUCUCUUCUCCUCUCACAGGUUCCAUGCUCUCUCUAGCCAUGAAGAAACUUGUUCAAGGCAACUCUGAUGAGGUGUGUAAACCAACAAAACAAACUCCUCUUGUGUUGAAUCUGUUUGAACUAACAAACAAUAGGAUUGAUGAACACUUUGAAUCGUAACGUGUGUGUUUAGGCCCAGGAGGAGAUGGCCUGGAAGAUCGCUAAGAUGAUCGUCAAUGACGUCGUACACCAGGCGCACCACGACAGUCCUGGCAAAUCCACCAAGGUAAGUCAGUCUGCCUCAAUCUACAACAUGGUGGACCCUUGAUAAGUACACUGCACAUCGGAUAAGUACAAACUCUGUUUUAGUGCAUUGCAGACAAUUCACCAGGCCCAAUUUCAAUGAAUGCCUUGUAAUUGUUCCGGAUAUCUGUAUGCUCUGGUUUCCUAUUCAUGACAGUUCAAAGCCAUUGCAUUUGUCUGGCACUGUAGUCAACUAUAUAUAAUAACUCCUGACCCGUGACAAGUUUACUGUUGUUUGAUGAUGCCUCCCGAGUGGCGCAGUGGUCUAAGGCACUGCAUCGCAGUGCUAGCUGAGCCACUAGAGAUCCUGGUUCGAAUCCAGGCUCUGUCGUAGCCGGCCGCGACCGGGAGACCCAUGGGGCGGCGCACAAUUGGCCCAGCGUCGUCCAGGGUAGGGGAGGGAAUGGCCGGCAGGGAUGUAGGUCAGUUGGUAGAGCAUGGCGUUUGCAACACCAGGGUUGUGGGUUCGAUUCCCACGGGGGGGUAUAAAAAAAAUAAAUAAAAAUGUAUGCACUCACUAACUGUAAGUCGCUCUGGAUAAGAGCGUCUGCUAAAUGACUAAAAUGUAAAUGAUUGUCCGUGUUUCAUUGUCAAUCUCUCUCCCCAGUUAUGAGCCUCCUGUGGAGAACCAAAUGAUUGUCACUCCCCUUGUCCCUCACCCUAUCCAGACAGACUGACAGACAAACGCAUCACCUAGUCCAGUGAUUAACUGUACUCUGGAUUUACCUUACGAUGAAACGCAUCAAUGGAGAUCGAAGAACAAAGGCAUUCCAUGAUCUCCUGCAUCAACUUGUACCGGUGUUUGUGUCUGUGCGUGUGUGAGUAUAUGUGCGUGAGCGAAAAACUUGAAGUAUAUCAUCCAUCCAUCCUUCCAACUGGUCGUAACACUUUGAAGGCAUCUAUGAACAAAUUAUGAGGAAAAAGUAAAACAAAGAGCACCAGAGGACCAGACUUCCUUCCAGAACAAAUUCCCUAGGGAAGGAGAGCUGGCAAACGACAAACUAUGACACAAAAUGGUGCUGAACGGGAGCUGUCAGAAGAAGCAGCACUUCAGAAAGCAUCGGUACUGCCGUGGUCACCUCUGUUACCAUGCCAUCCAAGAGGGGGCCUGCAGGGACCUGAAGCAUCCUUCACAAAGCGAUCACUAAGAUGAUUAGGUUGUCCACUCCCCUCUCUUGAUUCCUGCACAUUGUCUCUCCUUACACCACCACCCAUUGCCCUUAUGCCCAUUCCUUAUUUCUGGUUUUUAAAUGAAAUCUCUUUGAAAGGGUUCAGAGUGACUCUUACAAUUUUAACAGAUGGAAUUCAUCAGUUGGUGCUUUGUACAGUUUUUAUUUGCGACUUUUAUUUGGGCCCUCCUGGAGUAUUGUCAGUGGGGUGGGUUACUAUGAUGAUAUGAUGAGUCGGGUUGAGUUGUCCUGCCCUCCUGGCUGUGCCCUAAUGUACUGUAGAGGGCUGGUCAGACAUGUUACAGUCAAACUGGAAUGGACCAUAUUGAUUUCCCGGUCUAGCUUAACCGCCUGUAGCUCUAGCGCUGGCCCCAUGUCCAUAUCAUUACAGAGCAUAGACAAAUGCAUAAAUACUCCUUAUUGUGGACUGAGGAAGUGCUACAGUUGCAAUGAAAGAACAACUCCAUGCCACUCCAUAUAAUGUUAUACAUAUGUAGAGUUCUCUUUAACCCCUAUAUAUUCAUGUUAGUUAUUUUUUAUGGUGAUUGUUGACGUUUUCUUUUUUUGUAUGUACUGUCAAAAGCAAUGUCUAAGCAAAUAUCAAUGACAAAUGUUCCAUUGGAAAGUCUUUGAAUAUAAUGUUAAUAUUGUUAUGAUUUGAACCUCAUUGAGAUGGGUGGAAAAGGACCAGAAAGACUCUUGGUACUAUGUACCACUAAUAUUGUUUUUGUGACAUAUGUGUACUUAAUCUAUAAUAUAUUUAAAUUGUGUUGGAUUUAUAUACUGUGUGUGUAUGUAUGUAUGUAU